AGAAUUCACUUUGUUUUAUUUAUCCAGGAAUGCAAGCCACAAACUGCAAGCAUAAUUUCUAAGAUUUCACUUACAACUCAAUUUUUAAUUACUGCGGUUCACGAUUCAGUAAAUUUUGAACUUUGACGUGGUGACAGAAGGUCUCCACUGAGAAACAUGAGCGGAAGUGACAGCGGUAAGGCUACCACGGUUGGUAGUGAAGAUAAAGAUAACCCUGGUAAGAAUGGGUCAAAUCACACAAGUUCAUUGAAGAGACGUCCACGAGCUGCUAUAGCCCAAAAUUUCAGUUCGAUAUACCAUGGGAAGGGCUUAGGAGGCAGAGGGAGGACAAGUAAAGACACUAGCUCAGACGACAGCAGCAGCAGCAGUGAUGAAUCAGACUCAUCAUCGAACAAAAUUUGCUUGGAUAUUGCAUCUCCUCAAAAAAGAGUUCCAAAUUCAAAUCCCAAAUGUCUUGACGCGGAUGAUUUUGAUCUAGAGGAUUUGCCGAAAAAUGAGGUUGCAAAUUACGAGGAUAGCCCUUGCAGCUCUAAAUCAAUCCAGGAGGCAAAGAGGCCUGUAUUUGUCCCGAUUAAACUAAUAAAUAAGCCUGGAAACAUAAUAAAGCACAAUGGCACCUCACCAUUGGACCUCCCAGGACGAGUUCUUAUUCGUGGCCCUCUUCUAAUGUCACCGCUAGCCCUCAUGGCUCACUUCACACAUUACAAAACACUCGUAAAGGGCAUCCAAACCUUAGGAUUGGCUGACUUUAAUGCAUUACAAAAAAGUGUUGCGCCACAUUUCCUACGAGGGGAUGAUUGCUUCAUUACUGGUGGACUUAACAGUGGGAAAUCUUUGUCAUAUAUUUUCCCAUUGCUUGGCAAACUUUUGUCUGAAUUCGACGAUCAAAGUUUUUCUAGUUCGCAUAAACUGAGUUCUAACAGACAUGCCAAGAAAUCGUUUUCACAUCAAAGUCACGAACAUCAACCAGUUGUGCUAAUCGUUUGCACUGAUAGGACAUCAGCAAUAAAGAUUGACGGACAUUUAUAUAGAAUUCUCUUAGCGUGCAACCGGAGAGAACUCUCUCAUGCCGUAAUUUGCAAUGGCGGAGAUCGCAAGACUGUUCAUAAAUGUUUGGACAUCGUCAUUACCAGUGCGCAUUUCCUGUCAAAUUUGCUGCACAACUCUCCAGCAUAUUUUGGAUUCGAGAAUUUGCGGUUCAUCGUUUACAAAGAUGUUGACAUUUUGCUGCGUGCCAAUAACAAAGAGUUUGAGCAUAUUCAAUAUAUUAUGCAUAAUAUUGCGUCCAAGCACAGUCCAUACCUUAUACAGCGAGUGUUCUGUGGGAAAGAUUGGUGCCCUGAAGUUGAAGCUUUGUAUAUGAACUUGAAACCAAUUGCUCAAAAUAGUACUGCGUCCAGUGUGCCAAUAGUUUUCAUCAAUUCGCCGAAUCAAGCAAUUAAGUAUUCUGGCAUGCAAUGGUUUAUGCAUCAUUGUUCCGAUGAUGAAAGAAUGGAUCUCCUGCUGAAUAUUUUGAAAAGCUUGGACUUGUACAAACAUAAAUCUAUUUUCGUCGUCUGCAGUACACCUGAAAUUGCCAUCAAUGUUCACAAGGAGCUGAAAAGAAAUGAAAUCUAUGCAUGUUUAGCAGAAACAGGAACGAUGACACAAGCCGUAUUCCAUCAACUCAGAAUUGAAUGGGAAGACUUCCCAGUGGAUCGAAGACUCAUGGUGCUAAAUGAUGAAAUGCUUAAAGGUCUUCGUAUAUACGACGUCACCUGCCUGAUACAUUUUGACAUACCAUCCGCCAAACCUGGUGGUGCAGUUGACAGAUUCUCUUGUAUGUGGAUGAAUUUCAGGGAUAUCGCGAAUGAAAAGGUUGAUCGUACUGUCAAGUUUCAUAGAAAGGAACUUGCUGCUCAUUUUCUUUUAACUGGCAACGAAGAAAAUUUAUACAAGUUGAAAACAUUCGCUGCUAAUUUACGAUGCGACAUACCACAAUCGCUAGUUGUUAUUGCUGACCAAAUGGGGGAAAACAUAAUGAGUGGGCAGCCUAUCUGCACAGGAAUUAAGGUGUUUGGCCGUUGUGUUGAAACAGUUCCAUCUAAUUGUAAAACGCGUCAUUCGUUUUUACUAACUGAGCUGGAGAAGAAAUCGGUUGUUCCUAGAAAUGGAGAGAUUGAAGUACAAAUUUCAGAGUGCGUCAAUCCAUCCGUUUAUACUGCACGAGUUUUGCGUUGUUAUGAAUUUGUGGACAACAAGAGGAAAUUACGUUUUUCAUGGAUACAGAAUUUUAGAUCUAUCUCUGAGGAGCUAAUGCAUCACUUUAAAGACAAGGAUAAUAGGAUACCUCCCACUUCAUUUGAAAUUGGAACGUUAUGUGCAGUUGAAAGUUCGGACGAAAUAUUCCGAUCGAGAAUUUUACAAAUUAUUACAAGAACAGACUCAAAGCGCCCACAACAAUUGAGAGUUUUUUGUAUUGAUUCCGGGAACUUUUUACAACCAGUUGCAGAUAAAUUGUUUAAACUUCCUGAGACUUUGUCAGCCCAUCCCCAAUUGGCAAUAGAAUUAAUCUUGGGGAAUUUGCAGCCCAUCGACGGAGCAAAUGGGUACGAGUCACGAGUAAACGAGAAAGCACAGGAAUUGACUCUAGGCAAAAUUCUUCUUGGCAAGAUUGUAUUCGCUGUAGGCGAAACAGUAUGGGUGAAUCCUUUGAUCGAUGUUGGACGUGAUGCUGUAGGCUCCACUAUAAAGACUCGAUGUAGCAUUCGGUUGGAUUUGAUUAAAAAGAAGUGGGCUGAAAACAAUGACGACCAUUUGAAGAAUAUACUUAAUUUGUGCCGAAAGACUGGUUAUAGUUGUCCCGAAUUGGAUGAUGUACACGCAAAUCUUGCAAAAAAUUCGCUUUUUAUGUCAAAAUUUCACAACAUCGGCGACGAAUAUCAAUGGGCCUUUGUUGCAACUAGCAGCGUAGAAAAGCCUCAAACUGUGGAAAUUUGGACAUCAUUUACCAUAGACCCCUCUUGCAUUAUUGGCACUAAUGGAAAAUUUGAUAGUCAGUUGAAUGCCGUCAACAAGGAGUUGAAUGAUCAUAUUUCUGAAAUGAUUAGUGAUCGAUGUCCCGAUUACGCUAAAGAGUUUAGUUCAUACUAUCAAGAGGGAAUGGUCGUGGCUGUGAAAGAUCAAAUAGAUCAAAGCUGGUAUCGGGGACUAAUCACCCAUGUUCGUGAAAAUGAGGAAAAUAUUGUCUAUGACGUGUUCCUAGUUGAUAUUGGAGAUACCAAAAAAUCUUCACCGACUGCAGAGCUAUUCCCGAUCCUUCAAAGUUUAGUAACAAAACUUCCAUUUCAGGCUAUAAUUUUUGAAUUGGCACACAUCACACCCACAAAUGGCAAUAAUGAUUGGGAUAGUGAAGUUAUUGAUUGUCUUACGAGCUUAACUAUUGAUGAGAAUAAUGACGGUGUAAUGUUUGACGUUGUGGCUUGGUCGACAAGAAGACAUGAACAUUUUCCGUGUCGGUGCUAUAGUGCAUUUAUGAUCACAUCGUCAGGGGAUGAGCUUGGUGAACUGUUGGUGCUCAAGAACGCAGCAAGCGUCCGUUUUGUUAAAGACGACGAAGAUUUGAAACUGGCCAAGAAGAACAUAUUAACAACCUUGAAUGAGCUUUAUGAUCGACAACAGGUGGAAUUAGGCUCUGACGAAGAGUUGCCCGACAGUAUGACGGACUCUGAUUCCGACAACUCCUUCGAUGUUGUUGGGUAUGAUAGGAAUUCUGUACUAAACUCGUUAGGAAUACAACUACCGGGUGGAAUCCAGGUGCCUUCAUCUGAACUAAAUGAAGCAGAUGAGAUUGAGUUGCAGCCAACAACGAACGACAAAUCGGUGGUCUCCUCAUCUCAUCCAGAUGCUGAAGGAGGUGCAAAGUCAGCUUCUCAAGAGAUGCCUGCCGUCGAAAGUCAUGAAUCUACUCCCGUUGGGGGAUUUAGUACGCUUAAACAUCCCACCGUGGUCUGGAGACAGACCAUGAAAGAAUUCAUCUUAAAGGUUAACCAGGCAGACAUCCUGAAGUAUUCUAUUGACAUAAACAAGAAAAGAAUCAGUUUUCGUACUCUGGACCCACCGGAUUAUGGAUUUGAUAUUGACUGCUUUGGAACAAUUGAGCAAGUUCCCGUCGUUUUCUGUACUGGACAAUAUUUGAAAAUCACAUUAACAAAACGUUCUCAGUGGCCAUGGCCCCGACCGUUGCAUCGACACCUCAAGUUGCGCUGGUUGAAAGAAGAUAUUCAAGAUCUCGACAUUUCCGACGACGAACAUGUGACAAACUCAAACGACGAAAAUAUUCAUCCAAUUGUGCUUCCUGAUGAAGAAAAAUCUGACUCCUCAGAUUCUGAACUCGAUGAUGUUGAGGAUUUCAUGGGUGAAGUUGAUUAAUGUCUGAUUUAAAGUUAGUAUAAAAGUCAUCCAAUCACUAUUAAUUAUUAUUAUGCCAAUAAUUAACUAAUUCAUUGAAAAUCCGUAUAAAAUAUAAUGUUAUAUUGUUAUAACUGUUAUAUAUGUGUUCCUAGUACUAUAUAUUUAUAUAUUUCACCAAUUGUUUUGUCAGUUACGGUAUAUUUAUAUUUUAAAUAAUCAAGGCGUAUAUAUCGUGAGUUACUUGUCAUUUUAAAAAAUUGCGAAAAUAAACAUGAAACCACAAAUUUUGAAAUAUGCAAUCA